AUGAGGUUGGCUGCAUUACUUCUGUUUUUUGCAACUGUUUUUGCGAUUAGUCGUGUAGAUGGCUAUAUAGAGCAAGUGACCCAACAAAUCCAUCUCCUCCGGCCGUGCUGGCAUCUAGCUGUGGAAACAAACAACGUUCGCAAUUGGAAACUGGUGCCUGAGGAGUGUGAACAAUAUGUUGGCCAUUACAUGCUAGGCAAACAAUAUCGUAAAGAUUUCAAAAUUGUGGCAAACAACACGAUUGAAUAUGCCAAGAGCCUCACACUUGUUGGUGAUGGGAAGGAUAUUUGGAUCUUUGAUAUUGACAAAACUACGCUAUCUAAUUUGCCAUAUUAUGCUCGCUCUGAUGCAAUUUGGAUCCAAAUACUGAAUACCCACACUCGAGGAACAGGCCAACGUAGCUUACAGGCAAGUCGAUCAGAGCAAGGAUCAAAGAAAGACCUCUUUGACUUGUUGCCACAUCCAUUAUCUAGAUCCAAGCCAAGAAUAAGUGAGAGCAAGCUUAAGCCCUAA